UAGCAGGAGAAAAAUAUAAAAGUGUUCGCAGCUGAUGUCAGAUCAGUUGCGACGAAAUACGCAUUGUGGCUAGGACCGGUCCUUAAUAUGAGAACUGAUCCCGGAACAGUACCAGUGCAGAGCAUAUUAUUUUCACCUUGACAUCAGCUAUGGCGACUGCGACAACGUUUAUCCAGAGAUUAAGGAACUUUUUGGCGGGGAGGAAUCUUCAAUCAAAGCUUCAGUUGCGUUACGAAGAAGUUGCAAAAAGGACUCAGCCUCCUCCUAAACUUCCUGCUGGUCCCAGCCAUAAGUUUGCCAACAAUUAUUACCUUACCAGAGAUGGGAGACGGGAAUCUGUUCCAGCAACUGUUAUAAUGUCUUCUCAGAAAGCCCUAGCAGCUGGCAGCGAAGCACCAGCAAAGGCCAAGCAUCCUGUCCUGCCUGGCCCCGAGCCAAAAGAGUGCCAGCUGUCCACUGAUCAGCCGUAUCUCUGAGCCGUCUCCCAGAGUGAUCAGGAAAUACUGCUCAUAAACUUUGCUCAUCUUGACUAA